GGGAAACAUGCACACAAAGAGACCACCGACAAAUGAAGUAACUAAUAGAAUGCUCAAAGGAAAGGACGCACAGUAUAGUCACCUACUCCUAACAUCUAUUAACGUUUUGGUCCUUAAAUAUGAGAACAAAUGGAUUAAUACAUGCACAGAAGGAGCAAUCCAUUUGUAUAAGAGAAAAAUAAUUCCAUCCACAUGCAUUCUGGUGCUAAAUCGAAAAGCACCUGCAGAUUUUCAUCUUUUGAUAGACAAAGCAGUGCACGGCAUAGAGAUUUUCGACCGGUUUAUUAUUAUAAAAAUAGCCCACAAGAAGGAAAUUGAAGUAUUUGGGCUAUGGUUUUAUGACAAGCAGUCAUGCGCACAGGCUGGUAGUAUUUUAACAGACCAGCUGGCUCUUUUAGAAAAGUCAAAGGAAUUAUUAAACAAGUGUAAAGGUGUAUAA